AUGCUGAUUUUCAACGGAACAAAUCAUUUAUUGUUUUUAUUGUUAUUACCUAUUGCAUUUGACAUAGGAGGAAAAACAGCCGGUUUAGCAAGAGUGCUGUGGUGGAAAAAUCAGGGUUUAGGUUGGAUAUUUUUACAACUUUUAACAAUAUCACAACCCUUCUUGUUUCCUUAUUUUCUUAUCCAUUCAUUUCAAAUUACAUACACGUUGAUCGGAGAAAAACAAAUACCGACUAUUUUAAAUUAUUAUGAAGCUUUUUUGACAUAUUUAGCGCCAUUAUUCGCAAUCAUUGAAGGUGCUUCUACAGCAAUAGUUAUUAUUAUAUUUAGACACAAAGUUCAACAAUAUUUGGAGCAAGACGAAGGAAUACAAGUAUGGUAG